AUGGCCGAGUCACAACGUGGUGAUGGUAGUUCCAGAAACACGUGUAACAAAGACACCAAUGCUGCAAAGCGUGCAAUGACAGGAGCGACACGAGAUGAAUCGGUUAUACCUCCUUGUGGGGCUUGCAAGUUCUUGAGGAGGAAGUGUAGUGGUGGGUGUAUCUUUGCACCCUACUUUGGUAGGGACCAAGGUGCGGCUAGAUUUGUGGCUGUGCACAAGGUGUUUGGUGCUAGCAAUGUGUCCAAGCUAUUGUCCAGUAUUUCGACUAACCACCACCAUGAAGCAGCAGCAACUAUUUUCUAUGAGGCUCAGGCUAGACUAUCCGAUCCUGUUUACGGUUGUGUGUCAACCAUUCUUGCAUUGCAGCAACAGGUGGCAGCAAUGCAAGCAGAGGUCUCAAUGAUGCAAACUGAGCUGAUGAACAGAGGAUUUACUUGUGCAAAUGCUCUUCAAACCACACCCCAGCAGCAGCAUCAGAUGCUACAGCAGCCAAACUUCAACAUAGCAGUGCAGCCAGCAUAUGCCAACAACUCAUGCUUCCACCAACAACCUCAUGAACAUGAACAACUUCAACCCUGGUUUUGA